CCCUUUGCAAGCACCCUUCAUCAUUCAUCAAAUACUUGCAGUGCCACGGAAAACAUUAUUCGUCUUACCCGAAAACAAACACACACUUCCUAUUACUGCUAAAACGCCGUCGUUUACUGAAAAUAUGAGAUUCAUUUGCUUCGAGCCGAAAACGCAGUCGUUUUCCUUUUCCCGCCACACUCCGCCAACGAGUUCAUCAUCACCUUCUACAAGCACUAAGGAGAGCUUUGAAGAAGCAGAAACUCUGAUACUAAAAUGGAACCCUGAAACCUCUGCGUACGGAAGAGUAACCUCUCUCUUCUACAACGACAAAGCUGAAGCCAUGCACUACAUCCACUGCGUUAACAUGCUUCAGAAAACCAUGCACUCUUUGAUCUCUCAGAACGCUUCCUCGCAGAAACUCAUUCUCGCCCAUAACCUAAUGCAAAUGGCCAUGAAGACACUCCAGAAAGAGUUCUAUCAGAUAUUAUCAAUGAACCGGGCCCACCUUGACCCUGAAUCCGUCUCCACCAGAUCCUCCACCACUUCAACAAGAACCUCUUUCUGUUCCGACAGUUACGACGGCGGCACAGCGGAAGAAGAUGUUCGCGAAUCGGGGGAUUGUAUCUCCGAAGUCGAACGUGUUUCUUCUGAAGCCAUGGCGGAUCUGAAAUCCAUCGCGGAUUGCAUGAUUUCCAACGGUUAUGCGAAGGAAUGCGUCAGCGUUUACACGACCAUGAGAAAAUCGAUCGUCGACGAAGGCAUUUAUCGCCUCAACGUGGAGGAGUUUAGUUCCUCGAAGGUGAACAAGAUGCACUGGGAUGUGCUCGAGUUGAAAAUCAAGAGCUGGUUGGAGGCGGUUAAGAUCGCCGUGAGGACGCUCUUCGCAGGAGAGAGGAUCCUCUGCGAUCACGUAUUCGGUGCGUCGCAAUCCAUCAGUGAAGCUUGCUUCGCCGAGAUUUCUAGAAGCGGAGCAAAUCUGCUGUUCGGAUUCCCCGAACUAGUCGCGAAAACGAAGAAAUCGCCGCCGGAGAAGAUCUUCCGGAUGAUUGAUAUGUACGCUGCAAUAGCCGGGAUGUGGUCGGAGAUUGAAUCGAUAUUCUCGCUCGAUUCAACAACAGCUGUUAAAUCUCAAGCCUACGGUCUUCUUCUCGGACUCUCCGAGUCUGUACGAACGAGUUUAUCGGACUUUGCGACCGCAAUUCAGAAAGACUCUUCCAAAUCGACGGCGAACUUCGCCGGCGUUCAUUCCCUGACAGUGCAAGUGAUGAAUCACUUGACUACUCUCGCGGAUUACAGCAACGUGCUCUCGGAAAUUUUCUUCGACGUGCCACCGCCGCCGAGGUCGCCGUUGCCGGAAUCUUACUUAUACAGUCCAGAAUCCGACAACACCACCACGACGGAGACGGAGUUUUCAGUGCAGAUGGCGCGGCUUAUUCUGAUUCUUCUCUGCAAGAUCGACGGGAAAUCAAGGUAUUACAAGGAAGUUUCGUUGUCUUACCUGUUUCUCGCGAACAAUCUCCGGCACAUACUGGCCAAGGUCCGUGCGUCGAACUUGCAUUACGUUCUCGGCGACGAUUGGGUUUUGAAUCAUGAUGCGAAGGUGAAGAGGUUGACGGCGAACUACGAGAGAGUGGCGUGGGGCAAAGUGCUUUCGUCUUUGCCGGAAAAUCCAACGGCGGAAAUGUCGGCGGCGGAGGCGAGGGUUAUGUUCGGGAAUUUCAAUUUUGAAUUCGAGAAAGCUUAUCGGAGAGAGAACACGUUCACCGUGCCGGAACAGGAAUUUCGAGAAGAAAUGAAAGCGUCUCUUGUGAGAAAAAUAACCCCAAUUUACCGCGAGGCGUAUGAAACGCACCGUAUUGUAAUGGGAACGGUGAGGGAAAUAAGAGAGUAUGUCACAUUUGCCCCUGAAGAUGUUGAGAAUUACAUGAUGAAUCUUUUCUCUGAGGGAAGAGCGAGCUCCGGUAGCGGAGGAAACAAGUCAUGUUUUGUAAAGUGUAAAAAAUGCAAAUGAAAAGAUAUUUCACAACAAGGGUGCAAAAAUUGUUUUUUUCUGGAUCCUCUUAUCUAAUCAUUUUCACUGAAGAGGGUUACUACUUACAAUUACAACAGACACAUAUUAUUAUAUGAUUCUUUCCUUAAUUGAAAAAAAAAAGGACUUCAAGAUUACAACA